AUGUCUAGGUACAAUAUUUUCCUCGUUUUGUGUGUAAUCUUUUUGUUAACAAGUAAUUUAAUUAAUGCCUACAAUACUACAACUAACAAUGCUGUAAAUUCAAGGAAUAAAUUAGGAACAUUUAGCAUAGCUUUGAAGAUUCAAGAAAAUUUGAGUUCUGGAUAUGAUUCUAUCAAAACUGGUUUUAGUAAGAUUACUGGAUCAUAUUAUGAAGAGUCCAUUGAUCAACAGGUGCCAUUAAAUAACUCUACAACAAUUGUAACUGAGAAAAAUAAUUAUGCUCAAAAGUACAUAAAUAAAAUUACUACUGUUGUAAAAUUAUAUAUUGGAGAAGAAAUUCCACUAAUAAAAAUUGCUGUACUUCAUGGAAUAGGUAUAACAACGUUCUAUUUAGCAUUAAUAUGCUUCAUUAUUCUUCGAUCAAUAAUUUUCAAAUCAUCAUCGUAUCAGUCAUCUAGAAAAAGGAGAGACACAAAUUCAAGAAAUUUAAAAGAAAACUUUAUACCAGCAAAUUUAGUGGAUCAUAAAAAGACAUAUAAUUUUGAAAGUAAAGACAACACUGUAUGUAAUUGA